CCGGGAUAAAUAACAACUCACACUCAACCGAGACCUGGACGAGAAACUAGACCAGACCAUAACUGGAACUAUGCUGCUAACUGACAUUAUGGCUAACGCAUUUUGACAGUGCUCAGACGUUGGACACGAGCAGCUGACAUUCAACUCGGUUCCACAUACCAUCAUAUAUAAAACCCACUGCCGAUGGCUGGGAUUCAAACAGUCGUAGCCAGGCCACUUGGCAGACAUCUUCUCCAGGUUACACUAUCCGCUAAACACUCACUCACUCACUCAUGGCCAAUGGAAUGAUGUGUUAUCGGAGUGGGAGGAUCCUGCUGCUUGGCUUGGUGUUGGUUAUCCUCAUGAUCGGCAGUGUGCGUGGCACCAUGAAGUUGUGCGGCAGCAAGCUACCCGAAGCUCUGUCCAGGCUGUGCCUUUAUGGCUUCAAUACAAUGACCAAGCGGACCUUGGAUCCCAUGAACUACAACCUAAUCGAGGGCAACGCACUCAACCUAGGCUUCGAUGAGCGUUCCCUACUGGACCGAAUAUUAAGUGACAGUUCCGUUCAGCUGCUGAAGACUCGACGAAUCCGGGAAGGAAUCUUCGACGAGUGCUGCCUUAACUCGUGCACCAUGGAAGAGCUGCUAUCAUAUUGUGCACCCAAACCCAAAACGUAAACCCCUUUUAUUAACCCUCUGACGACACCUUAGAUUACAGAAUCACUGAAACGACCCCGGAAUGUGAAAAGCACUCAUGUAUUCGUAGUUGUUAAGUUCGUAGUGAAGCCAACUCAAUUCCAGUUUUGGGCUAUAAUAUACGAGUAUAUAUAUAUAUGCACAUGUAAGUGGGAUGUAUGCGCAUAAUUUAUGAUCGGAAAUCAGAGACAGACACGCGAAAUGAAUCGGAACACGGGAUGUUAUGGAUGUAGAUAUGAUGGUAGAGGGCCUCUGAAUGCAUCGCCUGGGUAUAAAUUAUCAAAUAAAUUAUGUAUUCAAACUGC